CGCCGCCAUGAGGUAGGCAGGAGCCCCCUGUAGCCGAGUGAGGCAGCAUGGCAAUGUUCUUGGGGGCCAGGAAUGCCCACUCGGUCCUGAAGCGCUUUCCCCGAGCCAACGGCUUCCUGGAGGAGAUCCGGCAGGGCACCAUCGAGCGGGAGUGCAUUGAGGAGGUCUGCAGCUAUGAGGAGGUCAAGGAAGUGUUCGAGAACAAGGAGAAGACGAUGGAGUUUUGGAAGGACUAUACCAACUAUGUCUACUCUGUCAAGGACCCAGGGCACAAUACGGAGCGCUCAGAAGCUAUGUACGUGGUGGUGCCCCUCUUGGGAGUGGCUCUUCUGAUCGUCAUCGCCCUCUUCAUCAUCUGGAGAUGCCAGCUUCAAAAGGCCACCCGCCACCGCCCUUCCUACGCCCAGAGCCGUUACCUGGCCAGCCGGACGGGACGCAGCCUCCCCAGGGUCAUGGUGUACCGGGAGCGGUCGCAGAGCCAAGGGGAAACCCAGUAUCAGCGAGAGGCCAGCAACAGGGCAGCUGGAGAUGGCAGAGCUGGGGGCACCCCUCAGCAAGACAGCACCCUCUGCCCACCAGAGCAUUCGGUCUCUGUCCUCUCCAGACUGUCCAGUGCCACCCCUCCACCUUCCUAUGAGGAGGUGACAGGCAACCCAGAGAGCAGCAGUGGGGAAGAGACCAGCAUCUCCUACAACGACCCACCACCCAAGUAUGAAGAGAUCGUGGCCAGUGCCCCUACUGCGGGCAAAUAGCGGGGUCUGCCUCUCCCCUGCCUCUUCACGUACUCACACUCACCCACCCACCUUCCCUUGGCUGGGCCUGGGGCCCCCCUUUCGGGUGCCACUUGGCACUCCAUCUCGCCUGUACAAGCUGGUGAAACCCCAAUAGCCUUACCCUCGUAACCAUAAGUAGUUGUCCACAAGUGGUGAGGCUGGGCUGCGGGGGUGGCUCUGGAACCAGCCACCUCCUGCGCUUCACUCCCCACUCACGUAAGUGCUGUAGCAGCCAGAGCAGAGCAGCAGCUCGUUCCUGGCUCAGUGCAGGGGUCUCCCCAUGGUGCGUUUGAUUUCCUCACUCCCCUCCCUCAAAUAGACAUAACAGUUUUGAUUGCUACGUGAUUGAAACAGCCUCCCUGGGACACUGCUCAGCCUUACCCCAUGGCCUUGCUGGGCCCUGUUUUGCUGCUUGGGGCUCAGAUGAAGAGCUGGGGAUGCAGAAGUGAGUUUCUGUCCAUCCCCACAAGCAGCCUCCACACUCUCCCUGGAGAGAAAGUGCCUCCCUUGUGUGGAUUUGCUGCCAGGUGGGAUUGGGGAGCCCAGUCCAUCCUGUGGUGCCUGUAGCAAUACUUGCUGUCCAGAGAUGAGGGAGGAGCAGUCAGGGGGUGUUCUCAUCUCCUAGAUCUUGGGAAUGGGGAAAGGUUUGUAAUGUUUCUAUAUGGGAGAUAAGUGGCUUCAGAGUAGCAGCUGCUCUGCUUUACUGCAGUGGGGUACCAGGCAGCUGGGGGUCUGGCUGUGGUGGAGCUGGCUGGUGGGGUCAUCUCUGACCUUGAGCCAGACCUGGUCCCAUGGGGAUGCACCUAUUUCCUGGAGUGUGGCCUGUCUGGUGUCUGCCCCAGAGGUGGGAUACGGGCACAGGGAGCCUGUGGACAGGACAGACCUCCCCUCUCCCUACCCCAGACCUCUCUGUCCUGCCUGGCCCUUCUCUUUGGGGCUCUUUGUUCUCCAGAGCAGGUAAAGGGCAAUGUGAGACCGUAUUCUCUUGGGCCUUGGUGGCUGUGGCCAUGGUGUGGAGGGCCUGCUGACGGAGGCAGCUGCAGGGGUGGGAGCUGGCUGAUCAUGCCACAGCCCGGUGAUACCAGUGGGUCAGGAGUAGGGCCAAACCCUGGCCAGACAGCUGUGUUAGGGCAGAGCGAGGUGCUUUGCUGUGGGAUCAGUGUCCCCUUUACCUGUGCAGCUGCUUUUGGGGUCCAGGCAAUGGAGCUGGCCUUUCCCAGUCAUGUCAGAUGCAUUAAAAACGGGGUUGUGCCCAGGAAUAGCCCAGAAACUGCCCCCACGAGGUGUUCACCCCAGCACCAGCUCCACCAGCACCACAAGGCUAUUGUGCAUCCAUCGCCUGCCUGUGCCCCGCUCGGUCCCAGCAGUGCUCUUGCAGCCGGUGCCCUCAGCCCAGCGCUGAGGCUUGCCCAGCUCCUGGGGCAGCACAUGUGGGGUCUGCAGCUGCUGGCACCGUGUCUGUCCCCUCCCAGGCCUUUCCUCUGCCUUUCAGCCUCAGCAAACAGGGGUUAUGGGAAGACCUGACAGUGAUUGUCGGGGUCGGAGUCUUGAAAAGACCAGGGGUAGACAGCCGGGCACUUCGCAUCCUCUGUCUUUGAUGCUCGGUUGUUAUCCCUGCAGUUUGUAUUCUGUAAAACUUGGUAUAUUUCUGUGCAAAA